CGCCUUGUGUGCGUCAUCGUCCGGCGCCGGAAGCGCCGCCAUGCGGGGCCGGCUCCUGCGCGCCUGGCGCGAGGGGGUGAAGGCGACGCGCGGGGCGGCGGGGCGGGUCGGGGCGUCUCCGCCAUGGCGGGUGCUCUUCUUCGGCACCGACCGCUUCGCCGUCACCGCCCUGCGAGCCCUGGAGGCGGCCAGGGAGCCCAGCGAGGACUCACUGGUGUCCAGGCUGGAGGUGGUGACCCUGCCCUCCCGCCUGCCGGGGGACCUGCCUGUGAGGAGCUGUGCCCGCGAGCUCCAGCUGCCUGUUCAUGAGUGGCCCCACACGGGACCUGUGGGGCAGUUUGAUGUGGGUGUGGUGGCAUCAUUUGGACGUCUCCUAAGUGAGGACCUUAUUCUGCAGUUCCCAUAUGGCGUGCUGAAUGUCCAUCCCAGCUGUCUCCCACGAUGGCGUGGUCCUGCACCAAUAGUCCACACAGUGCUUCAUGGUGAUAAAGUGACUGGGGUGACAAUUAUGGAAAUAAGACCAAAGAGGUUUGACGUUGGUCCAAUUAUUAAGCAAGAAGAGUGUGCUGUUCCUCCCUGCUGUACAGCAAAGGAGCUGGAAGUGGUGUUAUCAAAGAUGGGUGCAAACAUGCUGAUAGCAGUUUUGAAAAACUUGCCUGAAAGUUUAAAAAAUAAAAAAGAGCAACCACAAGAAGGAGUAACAUUUGCUCCUAAAAUAUCUAUAGCUAAGAGUUGUGUAAAAUGGGAAGAGCAAACAGCUGCACAAAUAAUUCAACUGCAUCGAGCAAUAGGAAGUAUGUUUCCUUUGCAGACGCUCUGGAAGGGUACUACUGUUAAACUUCUGGAUUUUGUGGAAGUGGAUAAUAUCCCUGGUUUUGCUGAUCAGAUAUUAAAUGAUUGUGGGGCUGUUCCUGGUUCACUACUAUACCAUAAAAUGUCCCAAACGCUGAUAGCUCGUUGCAAGGAAGGCUGGGUUGGAAUCAAAACAGUUGUAUUAAAGAAGAAGCUUACAGCAGUUGACUUCUACAAUGGAUAUAUGCACUCUUGGUUCCAACGGGACUCAAGAACAGUUCAUCGGGAAUGCAGAUUUCAAACGCUGAAACUUAGCACAGCAAAAAAGACUAUGAAAGAGAGGGAAAUAUUGACACAGGAUGUAAAACAAUAGACGUAUUUUAAAAUGUGGAAGAAGAUGUCUGUAAGUUAAUAGUAAUAUAAAAUAUUUCAAUGCCCACCCAUAACAUUCAGCUUAGUCAAGGGGUUUCCUCCCAGAGUGUUUGAUCUUACGUCUGCAUGUUUUCAUCAUGGGUUCCUGUGAUACUCAUUUCUCUUUCCCCAUCGAGUAAAAGAAUCUCUGUGAAUGCUGAAGAUAGUGAAUAAAUCCCUGUUUCUGCUGUUGAGUAAUAAAUUUAUUUUUAUACAA